GCGCCCCAGCCAGCGCCCCUGGCCAGAUGCGACCCCAGCUGACGGCCCCUCCCCGUCCCACUCGGCGCCAGGCUCACCCCGCUGAUGGACCGGAGCAAGCCGCGGCUGCUGCUGGCCGGACUCUGGGUCGCUGCCCUCCUGCUGCCGGGCGAGUGCGGCCCCCCGCUGCCGGCCGCCCCCUCGCCCGCGCUGCCGGCCCCGCUGCUGGAGGCGGAGCAGGAGCAGGGCUACUACCUGCAGCAGCUCUUCGGGCAGUACGGGGAGAACGGCACCUUGUCCUUCCACGGCCUCGCCCGCCUGCUGCGGAGCCUGGGGCUGGGCCAGGUGCAGGUGAUGGAGACCGAGCACUCGGCGCUGGGCCACGGGCACAAGCAGCACCGGCAUCCGCACUCGGCCCGGGGGCACGCCGGGGCGGAGCCGCCCAGCCGGGGCCCCGAGGUGCAGAGAGAGAACGGCACCUCCAGGCCGGGAUCCCCUGGAAGGAACCAGCCAGAGACGGUCCGGCCGCCCCAGGCUGACCCGCCGCCCCAGCCGCCAGCCGCCUCCGGGGGCACCCGCCCGCCCUUGGACACAGAAGGGCCCAGCGCCACCUGCGCCCCAGGGCACCCUGGGAGCAGAAGAGACCCUGUCCAGGCCCCCCCAGCCCUGCCCCGCCUGACCCUGCUGGAGAGGGUGCUGGCCCUGGACCACUCCGUCACGGACCACCUGCACGAGGAUUGUCUCAACGGGACGCAGCUGCUGGUGAACUUCGGGCUGAACUCCGUCUCCAAGAUCACGCCCGAGCAGUUCACGCUGCUGUGCCCGGCCCUGCUCUACCAGAUCGACAGCCGGGUCUGCAUCCGGCACUACGACCAGCUGACGCCGGAGCCCCUGGGGGGAGCGCUGUGGCCAGUUCUGGGCUGGGGCUUCCUGGCCAUCACGCUGAUCAGUCUGCCCUCGGCGCUGGCUCUCCUCCUGGUGCCCUGGCUCGGCCAAGCCUGCGGCCGUCUCCUGCUGGCCUUCCUGGUGGCGCUGGCCGUGGGGACGCUGUGCGGGGACGCCCUGCUUCACCUGUGGCCGCAUGCCCAAGGGAGCCACCAGGAGACGCCGCUGGAGCGCCAGGACUCGGUGCUGAAGGGACUGUCGGUCCUGGGGGGCAUUUACCUCUUGUUCCUCAUCGAGCACCUCCUGGGCACGCUGAAGCAGAGACAGAGGCUGCCGAGCCGUGCCGCGGGAAGGAGCCCCAGGAGCCCCUCUCUGGAUGCAGAUGGGAGCUGCAACUUGACCCUGCAGGUGUCGGCUCCUUCCCCAGGCACUGAAGCUGAAUCGCAGCAUCUUACAGCCCCGGGGCCGCGCAGCGACAGCCCCACCUGGGGAGAGGAGGGGGCGAGGCAGCCAGUGCCAGGAGCGGACGGACCGACGGAAGAGCUGAGCCACCACGGACACUCGCACAGCCCGGCGGCCGGCAUAGCCGACAUCGCCUGGAUGGUGAUCCUGGGGGACGGGAUACACAACCUGACGGAUGGGCUGGCCAUCGGGGCUGCGUUUUCCGACGGCGUCUCCAGCGGGUUGAGCACUGCCCUGGCUGUCUUCUGCCAUGAGCUGCCCCACGAGCUUGGUGACUUCGCCUUGCUGCUGCAGACUGGCCUGCCAGUCAAGAGGGUGCUUCUCUCCAACCUCAUGUCAGCCUUGCUGGCAUAUCUGGGCAUGGCAGUGGGCACGGCCCUCAGCCAGGGUGCCUCGCCCAUCACCCCCUGGAUCUUCUCCAUCACAGCGGGCAUCUUUCUCUACGUGGCGCUGGUGGACAUGCUGCCUGAAAUGCUGCGGCAAAGCUCCAGUGGGAGCCCGAAGGGGCCUGUGACGUAUUUCGCCCUCCAGAACCUGGGCUUUCUCCUGGGAGCGGCCAUCAUGAUGUGCAUCGCCCUCUUCGAAGGGCAGAUGAGCUUCCAUGUGGCUCUGUAACCCGGGGGCACCCGCACGGCUUGCCAAACUCGGGUGGGGCAGGGCCAAGGUUAUGGGCACCCCCUGCCCCAUGGCUGUUAGCUGCUUCGCAGAGAACUAGGACCCCUGGACGCUCUUCCUGCUGACGGCAGAUGCAUGACACCCUGGGCAGCCCCCCACUCUGCUCCACGUCCCCCGGGGGCAAGCACGGGUCGUAACUCAGUGGGGCCCUGAGCUGACUAGUGUGGGUGAGGGGCAGCAUUUUGCUGUUCAGUACAGGGAGAGCGUGUGGACAGCGCAAUCCCCUACCCCCGCUUUCCAAAAUCCACCUUCUGUCAGGACACUUCAGUUCAGAUUCUCAGCAUUUGCCCGACGUUUCGGUAUGUCGAGUGCACAAGACCAGGCUGAAAACAGCCCAGCGGCCCUCAAGCCACCUGGCCCCCAAGUGACCUGAGCAAGUCUCGGCGUUUGAGAGAGGAAAACGCAGCUGAUGUGUGGGUGAUUUGGGGGUGGGGUACAGGAGACGUCGCUAAAGGGGGCAGAACUGAGCAUUUUGGAGACGGGGGAAGCGCCAGAGUCUGAUGGGAGGCCACAGCCCAGUGCCCCACGCAGAGUGUGUGUUCGUCGCCGGGAGGAGACAUUCAGCGGGGGAGCGGACACGGGAACUCUUACCUUCACCAUCGUCCGGGGACAAGCAGCAACACUCCUCACUCCUUCCGCUCCCCUGCCUGGGACGGAGCCUCUGAAAUCCGCUGGGCAGCUAACGGUUUAACCGAAUGGAACAAAAAGCCACCCCCACGCCUGCCCAUUGAAGCUCUGGUCCUGCCCGCGUUAGAUUCUGCUGAGCGUUACAUUGGCAGACCAGUUUCCCCGCCUAGCCUCUGCCAAUAGCUUCUGUAAGGCAUAAAUCCAGUUUAAUUGGACGGGGGGGCAGGAGUUCUGUUCCCAGCUCUGCCACUGACUUGCUGGGUGAACUUGGGCAACUCACCCACCCUCAUACCUCAGUUUCCCCAUCUGUAAAACAGACAUGAUGAUUCUGCCCUGCUUUGAGAUCUAAUCUACAGCUGAAAAGCACAGCAAGAGAGCCAGACCCCCCAGGCCCGAUCCCAACGGCGCUAACCCCCAGGGGCAGGCAGUGGGAAAGGAGAACGGGAGAAGAAGUAGAAGCAAUAGCAUUUUAAUAAACAUAAUUGAUUCAAAGCCACAAUAUGAAGAACAGGACUUAGUUGCAGCAUACAUUGUAUAAAAUAGAUCAAGUCUGAAUGCUUUUAUUUUUGUUAUUUUUAGUCCACCCCCCCCCCAACUGAUGCAGGAUUUUUCAAAAUACAUACAUGGAACAUCUCAGACAAAAAGGAACCGGUCACUAGGCUCGCACGUAGGAGUGGGAACAAGGCAAAGGGGUGGCACUCAUGUUGUGGGGAUGGAUGGCUUCUUGGUUUGUUUCCUUAUUUAAUUUCACAGCCCCACGAGGGGGUUUAACAGCUUUGGGUUUCUCUUGAAGAAUAGGAUUUUUUUUUUUUUUUAAAUUUCCUCCACAGAGACAAGUGCUUUGUUGGUCAGGACUUGAUUUUGGCACCCCCCUGGGUGCCAGGUUGUAUGGGAGGGGAGAGAAACCAGCUGCUAAGAUGAAACCGGCGUGGCUCCAAUCUUGCCAAGCCAGGCACCGCAGCCUCUCGCCCCUGGGCUGUGUGUGGGGGUACCUAGGAGAGGGUUUCACACUUUUUUUCUUUUUAAAUUUUAAUUGCACAUCAAAACUCUGCUGUGUUUCACGCCGCGUCCCCCCAGGGUCCCUUGCACCUCUGCCAGUAAAGCAGAGCUGCCCUGAUACUCCGCCCGCCCAUCCGUCAACCAGAAGGACAGUUUUUGUGCUUUAAACCAGCGGAGGAAGGAAGAAUGAACUGGUUCAGGGGGGCAGAAAUACAGUUGGAGUCUCUUCCAAAGAUUGGUCCAGGACCUGCCCAUAUACCUGCCCUCUGCUGAUAUUGCAGGGGGGAGAAGAUGGCCGCAGCAUGUUUCACAGAGCACUCCUGUGGGAAUACUCUAGUAUCUCAGACAUCUAUAGUUCACACACUCGCCUCUCCCCUACCUGCUGAAAUUAAAAGGUGUUCCAAUUAAGUUGCCCUGCAACAUGACCUCCAAUUAAGGCCUCUGUCUAUUAGGAACAAGAUCACCACCACACUGGGUUUUGCUCAGCAGGUUCCAGAUUCAGUGCUCUGAAGGGGAAAAAUUCCAGGGAACAAAAAGUCCCUUUUAUUUCAGACCCAAACCCAAACCCAGCAGCUGUUAAAUACAAUAAGCAAACAGAUCAAUCGAGCAGAGGCCACUGCAAACCCCAGCACCGGUGGGUGUCAGUGCUUUCCAGGAAGGGUAACGUGACGCAGGGGGGCUGUGGCAAAUGAGAGUUCUUGGUGGAAAUUUCCCGCCCAGCUCUUUGGCUGGAUCUGCCCUGCCCCAGCAACGCAGCCAGCUGCUUGGAAUGUCAGGAAUUUGUCAGCCCUAGGAUCUGGGGGGUGGGAUUUUAGAGGCAAGAAAGCAUUCUACACAUCCGUGAGCCAUUCUGUUUAUUGCAAGAGGUAGGUGUGAACAGUGCAGUGAAGUCUAAAAUUAGAAAGCUUUUUUGUAUUUCCAACCAUCUCAAACACACAAUGCCCCCGCCCCCGAGGACGUAAAAUUCACACACAAUGCAGCCACCUCCCCGCCACAUGGACACAAACACACCCCAAUCCUCCCGCAGUGACUGAUCGGGUUCCCACUGGCUAAGUUCUAGCUCCAAUUCAGUUCAGACAGGUCCCAAAUUUACCUGACUGAACUGAACUGAAAAUGCUUGGGGGGGGGGGGGGAAACACAUCCAAGCAUCUGCCCUAUGCUCACUCACGCUGGGGACACCUGUUUAAAGUGCACACACUCAGGGCAAACCAGCUUCUGGGGGCCAGGUAGGGAGCCCCUCCUAGUGCUCUCAAUUUGGGAGCAGUGCUGAGCUAACUCCUCUAAGGGGAAGGGUUAAAGGGGAGCUGUAAGCCCCCCCCCCCCAAUGAAUAACCCUCUCCUUAGAGUUCCUUGGAUCUUCCAGCUGGGUCGGCCCAGCGCUUUGGCAUCUGUGCAGCCGGAAAUGGAAACCACAAGAACACGAGUGUGAAAGAGGCCAGGAAAACACCCCCAAGCCUAAAAUCUCAAAGCGCUGAGCCCCCCAAACCCCACCGGAGCCAACAAGCCUCGAAACUGGAAUGGAACACACAUGCUGCUAGAAAUCACAGGGGUGCUUUCAGCCUAUUGCCAGUAGGUCCCGUGGGUGCUGGCUCCCCUGGCCUCCUUCAGACUGCAGAGGGGAACUUAGUGUCUGAGGUGACACCACCCUGCCCGCUCAGCCAGCCCAGUACGAAAUGGACUCGCCCCGCCUGUAAACACAACAAGCCUGUGCGACGCUGCUGCAACACCACAAAGCCACACCGAUCUACCGACCUGGGCUGAGACGCUUACUCCCGCCUCCCCGCUUCUGCCUCAUCCACACAAGCUGUGGAAACUCUUGGCGCCUUGUCUCCCGCAUGCAGCACUUAUGGGUCAAGGCGGCGGCAAGUCAAUUUCAGUCAGCACCAUCUUUGUCCCCUCUGGGGGCUGGAGCCGCCACUCGCCCUCUAGGUGAAUUUACUCCCUGAAGCCCAGAACAACUUUGGGUCUGGAACAUGCAUCUUCGAACAGUCCGCAAUAUCACCUGCCGGCAAACUGGCUCCCGAACCGGAGCACGACUUGCUGACUUCGGGGCCAUGACAGGAGAAGCGGAGGCAAAGAAAGUCAGGGGUCCAGGGUGUAAGGAUGAGUUCUCUCCCAGCUGCACUAAGCCAGUCGAAGUCAGAAUGUGUUAAAAGCACCAUCCUCCAUGUUACCCUGACCCCCUAAAGGCAGAAAAAUCAGUCGACGCAGGAUGCACUUCUCACAUUAAAGGCAACCAUGGUGGCAAUCAGCUCAUGCCGAUGCUGCCUAUGGGCAAAAUUUGGGGGAAAAAAAAUCCCCCGGCUGCCCAUAUUAAUCAAACUGUAUUGACUAGAAACUCACCGAACGCGGGUCUAAACAUCCACGGACAGCAACUGCCAGGUAAGGGGAGAGGAAUGAGAAAUGGCUGCAGAGAGAUUCAAGUCAAAACCACAUGCCACGUUUCUGCUCUAGGACAAGAGGUGUCUCGUCUGGGGGCUGGGGGGCUGGGGAGUGCAGAUCCACCCCCAGCAAUGGACAGGCACGUCAUGCAUCUCACACGACAGCACGUUCUAUGAACCAGAUGCACAAGACGCGUUUGUUACAGGACAUAAACAACACACCGAAACACUGUACAUGCGGUCACACACCACACGGGGGUAUUGUCGGGGGGCAUCCGGAGAGUGAUGCGUAUUGUAUUGAUCUUGGUUUCAGCAUGCCCUGAAGGGGCUAGUAAGAGACAGGAGACUCCAGCAGUGAAGGCUCAGGGAACUGGGACUGAAAUUAUCUAAGUUCUACAGUGAACGUUACGGUUCCAACUGCAAUUCCAGCAGGUGGCCAGGAUCUUCCUUCCCAGCCUGCCUUCCUCUCCACCCAAAUUCCCAGCCAGCACCUGCACUUUCAGAGAGAACUUUCGUGAAUUCCAACUGCUGCCCAAGUAGAGCGCGGACCGAAGAACCUGCAAGGCUCAUCCAAUGUCUAUUGCUUUAGUGAGAGAGAUGUUGGAGGGGACAGUUCUGGCAGACUGCCCCCUCCCUCCCCAUUUUGGCACAUCUGCGACAAACAGAACAUAAGGAAAUAAAGUUACUCCCAUUUCCCCCCCCCCCCGUUUUCAGAUUCACUUAUUUAGCAGGAGUAACUACAGCAACCAAACUUGGAGAAUUCCUUAAAAAUCCAGUUCCUAACAGGCCUGCAAUAGAGCAGCUACAAUGCAGAAACAAGGGAAAGGGGCAAGGGGCUGGCCAGAGGGUUAUUUAACCAAUACUGAGGCUACAAGGCAAGAUUUUUGGGUCGGGGCAGGGGAGGGACACACGGGUCAGGAAAAUACACAGAGAUUGUCAAGACUGAACAGGUCCAAAAGCAGGAAUUCUGAAGGUAGGUUGCUAGAGAUCAACAAACCCAACGGGAGAUGGGAUGUAAUUCAUUUUUCCUAAGCAGACAGAGUGAGCAUAAACUUUAAAACUCUCCUCUCCAAUCAGGUACAGCAGGAAGAAAAGGAUAGCGAAAAACUAACCGCUUGAUUUAAGAGAGGUCUUGAAAGUGCUUUGAUUUGGAAUCUUACUUUAUAUCUAAGCAAGUUACUGGCAAGAUGCACAUGGGGCAUGAUUCCAAUCUUCAAGCAGAAGGAUUGGAGGAUCCAGGGCAUUCGGUUACCCGUGCUAAAUAGCAAAGUUGGAGUCUUGUAAACAAAACACACCCCUCAACUCUCUGCCCUUUCCCCAGUCACUUCUGCUUAUCCCCAGUCACACAGCAAAGCCUGGUGUCAAACCCAGUGCUAGUCAUGUUAGAGGUUUCUCAGGCAAGUUUACAGGAACAGUUUUGCAGAGCAGUGUUAAUCUUGCUAGAGGUCACUCAUAGGAGCAUGAUUCUCUGACAAAAUCCCCUUCUCUGCAGGCAUGUCAGGGAAACGGUACCAUUAACAAGGAGUGUUUGAAGGGACACUGAGGACUACAAAUCUAGUCAAUUUCAAACCAAAAAUGUCAAGUAGUUUCAUGUCCCACAGCUGCCCCUGAGCUCCCAUGGCAGGUUUUGUGGUCUCACCACCAUAUUUUUUCUCUUUAAAGAAUGCUUUUCUCUCCUCCACACAAACAGAAGAAACCGACCGGACUCAACCAGCUGGAACCAAAGAGAGAAAUACAGUCUUCUUCUAAUCUGUGUUAUAAUCAUCAUGGGUGAAAUUGACUUAAGCAGCGCAAAGACCUCCUACUGACUUUCGGCACAGGGUGAAACUCUGGAACAAAGCAAGUAAAGAAAGCAGGUUAAAGACAGAAGCAUACUUUUUAAGUGGGCGCUGCUCCUCUAAACACUGGGUUCUGGUUCCAUGUGGACAGCAAAUAUGCUUUGCCCAUCUAUCUGCUACCAGCUCUUUUUGAGAGAGGAAUUUAGUGGCAUGGCUAAAGACGUCUCUAAGAGAGAACGCAGCUUGGGAGGAAACAAGAUUCCUGCUACAUAUUGCUGGCUUUCAUCUUUGAUUUUUAAAUACCUCCUUAAAAGAAGGAAGCAGGAGAAAGCUAUAAGGAUCCCUAAGGCCAAAAAUAAAAUAGAAACUUGACAGAUCUGUAAGGAUGAGACAAACCCUAACAUCCAGAACAGUUCUGGUAAUCAGAAGUUUCCCUAGCAUGCUGAGUGGGGGGUGGGGGUGGGGGGGAUGGAGAAGAUGCUGAUCUGACAGAGUGGGAAGUUAAGCUGACGCAGGACAGAGAGACAGGGCACUUGACACAUCCUCCAGGGACAGAGGAGCCUUUUAAUUUUUGGUUUUAAGAGGGGGCAGGAUACAGACUUAGAAAAAAAUCCAAACCCAAAUAAAAAACAAACAUUCUCAAAGGAGGGGAGAUAGAAGCUGGCACAUCGCUAUUUUCAGUGCAAUUUUCAAUCCUGUAUUUACACGAUACAAAUUCUAGUGCGUGACAACAAGAAGCAGCUACAGACUCCUAACACACUAUGCUUCAGUUAAGCCCACCUGCACAUGGUCGCUUGCUGUAAGCAGCAACGGCCCUGCGUUCUAGCGCAAGCUGCCGAUACUGCACUGAAUAAGGGGCAAACCUGCCGAGCACGCAUCGGCUUGGCCAUUUAAUCCAGCGCUGACAAGGUUUGACUCAAUGCACCGCCUUGGAUGGCAAAGCAGUGCGUUUGGAAACACGGCAUGACUACAGACCACAUAUACUACUGCAGCCCCUGCAAAAAAGCAGCGUGGGGGAGAAGGGGCCCUUCAGGUUGGGGGCUAUGGACCUUCUCAGCGACAUUUUCCCCUCAGAAGCAUCCCAAAGUUGUGGGUUGGUUUUGUUUUUUUGCAGCGUCUAAAUUCAGAUGCAAUCAUGUCGCAAAGCCAGUUGUGCUGCCGAUCUGUUAGCAACGCACCCCAAAUCCCUGAUGUUAAAGAGCUCUAUGUUUCCUCAGGCCAACGACUUGGGGGAGCUGAGAGGCAAUGCUAGGACCCCCAAAGGGGUGAACUCUGGUUGAUCAGGCUGCAAAAUCUGUUCCCUCUAUCUCGUGUGUGUGCGUUGGGGGGGGGGGGGACCAUCCAACUAUUCAACCCAACCUGCCAGAAACCCCUUUACAUCCAGGUGGGGUUUUUGGUCUAUCUUUGGUGCCUGCUUUUAUUUGUGGGAGGCUAAAAGAGAAGGAAAAUCAUUGUAGAUUUCCACUCUCCAUUUUUCCAUAUACCCUCCAAAACCUUCCACCUCCACCGGGGGGAAGGGCCUCUCCACCCCCUUUAUCACCCCCAUCUAUUUAUUUUAAAUCUACAGUGAACCAUAAUGAACCAAAAAAAAAAAAAAGCAAGAGUUCAAAGCGACCUUGGACUGUUGGGGCCAGAGACAGGGGUUCUGCCCCCUCUAUCGAUAGAAGAUUGACCUGGUUGUCCUUCCCUACCCUCGCCCAUGCUGCAAGGCAUGUGGUGGCAAAAAGGUUUUGCAGUUUCUAGAUUCCCCGGAACUUUUGGGCUGCCUGAUGCGGUUUUAAGAAAAGACCCUUGGGCCAAGCGGGGGCUCACAGCUUAACGUCGCCUGCUAUCUCCAAACUGCAGAAAGAAACAGUGAGAGCGGGGAGAAGAGCGCGAGGGAGAAUCCUACAGAGCAAGGAGGGGGCAAGUUGUCAGAUUCAAAUGCCGGCAGGCCCCUGUUCGGAGCCCACUGCGCUUCGGGCCAUGGUUCUCCCCGAAACGCCAAACCCCCCCUCACCUCCACCCCAUCCACACACCCAAGGAAUUGACAGUUCCAAACAACUUCCAAACACUCCCCCGCCCCCAGCAAAAAACUAAAAAUGAAAAGAGCAGCCGUUUUGGUUAGUACCUUCAAGUAGAUCAACAAGAAAAAGACUUUUCGAAAUGGAGACAGAUUUCAAAACAGAAAUCUGGUUCCAUUAGAAUGCCCUCUUGCCCACCAGAUCCGCAACGCUCACGUGGGGAUGGGGUGAGGGGGCAGUUCCAAGGGACCCAGACCCCCCACUUCCUUCCCCUGAAUAUUGGAUAAGGCGCACAGUAUCACCCCAGAGGGAUGCUCGAACUGAAGAACUGGCCUUUUUUUUUUUUGGUCAUCUCCUAAUGUUCCUUGCAUGCAUCACCGUAGGUCGCGUAUUGCUUUUAUGGGACACUUCUCUUCCGAACAAGCCGGAUUUCACAGUAGUGCAAAUUCAGACACAGGACACAAAAGGCAAAGCUACCAAAACUUCUACAGUGGUUUGGGGCAUGUGGCUAACUCCCUUCUUCACUGCUGUGGGUUGUGCCUCUGGUGAGAGGGAGAGAUGAGUGCGGGGGUGGUACGUGGGAGUUUUCUCCAGCACAUUGCCCCAGUGACAGGGCUUGAAAAUCCAAAAGCUAGUGGUGUAUCCAGAGACUCCGUCUAGCAAAGAAACAGAGCCAGGUACGGCGGGGCUGACCAUGGUGCCUCAGAAACCGAGAACCCACUGGCACCCAGGAGAUGCAGCCGCUUUCUCCUCUAACAUUCAAAGGACAAUAGGGAAAAUGGUCAAACGUUCACACUUGGGUCCCGCAGUGCAAGAGACAGAAGGGCUGGGGUGGUUUCUGGACCCAUUCCGUUCUCAGGGAGAAGUUCAACCCAGCUCCUAAGGAAGAGCUGCUCUCGGCUCCAUGCAGAACAUGAAGGUCUGCAAGGGCCACCAGCCCUUUGGUUGCCAGACUCCACCCGACACCUUUACGCCAGGGUGCCCAGUUUGCCAAUCUGAUUUACUUUCCUGGCUGUUUGGCAGAGGACUCGAAUGGGACCUCUCCUCUGAAAGGUCUGUGCUCCAGGGCCACCUGCCUCCCAGGAGCUAAGGCAGCAGAACACAACAGCCUCUCUCCUGGGAAGGGGAGAGGAGACAUCACUACCAGGGAAGGUAAACUGGAUUUAAAGGUACCUCUCCUUUGUAAGCAGGCCAAGAAACAGCUUGUUCUCUCCCACUUUAAGCAGCUUCACUCUCUUGGCAGCAUUUUUGCUACCUUAGCUCAAUGAACAACCCCCACCAGAGAUUUCAUCCUUGAGCUAGAAUAGUCAUGUAGCACCUCACGGGAAGAGAAAGGAGCCCGAGGCACGAGAAGACAAGAAACAUUACAGCCCAUCCCUUUACAGAGUCCAGACGAGUAUCGGGCCUCUGCCAACCAUCGCUAACCACACUCAGAUGGCCUACACGGGCAGUGUGCCAGGAAAGCCCCCCAUCCACCGAACGCGGAUCCCAGAAACACUGUGGCCCCACAAAAACCGAGUGCAGAGCACCAAAGAAACGGCAAUUUUGAUCUUUCCAUGCAGAGUGAGUGGUGUCCUCUGCUCUUUGAGAGCACAGAUUGGAAGCAAGCUGGCAUGGUAGCUUUAAACCAGCUCCUCCUGCUCCUGUCUGUACUUAUAUAAAAGAGAGAGCAUUACAGUUUGGUUCUGAUCAAGUGCUUUAUAAAUGCCCAGCACAGGUGAAAUUGCAUACUGAUUCUUAAAACCACGGUGGCCACUGGGGCUCAUUUGCUUAAUUCGUUUCAAGCUGACGAACAAUAGUUAAGAUUGGAUUUAAUAAGGCUAUUUCCCCCCCGUCCUUCUCCUUUGCAUCGGAAGUGAACUGGAAAAGACACACACGCACGCACCCAGACACACACACAUGCGCUGGAAAACCAAGACACAGAAGAGGAAGAGUUGUUUAUACCUGACUGGUGAUGAGGUCUGUCCUAUCUUAUUCAAAGAAAUGCUUUAUGUGCAUAAUAUACAGAGGUGCAGCAUUUACACAUAGGAUAUUGUAAAGACACUGAGAGCUUGCUACAGAUGCCUUAAAAGUCCUUAAAGGUGUAUUCCCCCAACCCACUCCCUUUGGAUUCUAGUUGGUUUUUUUCACAUUGUAUCUUUAAGGACAUUAAGUUUGACUAAAUAUUCAUGAUCCAAAUGGAGCCAUCACUUUAAAUUUCAAAGAGUUCCUUUCCUCCCUGUUGUCUCCCCCUUUUGCUUCAGCUGAAAAGUUUUACAUCACACCCCAUUCCCCAAAAAAUGUGCCCAGUUUUUACUUCCUGCUGGCGGUUUCUGAUUUUCAACACACCCCCAGUGGUGCUGAACCCAGAUGAGUUCAACCAGGAGAAGAGGUUCAAACAGCUUUUUGCGGCCGCAAACCCCUGAACCCGAACGGUCCAUGUUUUCACGACCGCGAUCUCAAAUGGAGGGUUGGGUUUUUCCUUUGGUUUCUUAUUGAAGGCAAAGGUGAGAGCAGGGCUUACAGUGUGAAUGGAACAGAAAAGACCGCUGACAUUCACAACUGGGGGUGUGGAGGGGGCGGGGGGGGGAAAUCACACAAAUUCCGCCCCCCCUUUCUGGUCCCUGUGGCAUGGAGCCUUUUGGCGAGGAGGAAACACUCCUCCUAAUUAGGGUUGAAGUGCAAGAGGAAAUCUUGAGAUGGAAGUUGAUCUUUUUUUUUUUUUUUUUUUUUUUUUGAUGGGGUGGGACCAGAGACUGGGAAGAUCUCAACGCUGUUCCCCCACCCCCGCUGCUCCCACCUAACCAAAAAAAAAAAAAGAUGGUUACUUUUUAUUUUUUUUUAACUAAUACUUAUAAUCUUAUACGCUCAGAAAAAUGACAAAGGUCCGUUGUCCAUCCAGAAGUCACUUAAGCGCUCCAAACGCCCUGGGAAAUAAAGCUUACUUGUUCCCUUUCUGAGCCGUGUUUCUGUUUUUAGUGCUACUUUGAUUAUCUCCAGAUCUCAGCGGCUGGGAUGUGCCAGCUCAGUUGGAAUUCAUCUCCGCCUUAGAUCUGGGACUGAGUGCCCACUCUCCCUCCUUGUAAGACAAGGGGGAGAAAAUCAGACUGUUACUGGGGGGAAAAACAACAACAACAACGGAGAAGCCUCUAAUCUGCUGUGACUCAGAAACCAAAAGAAAACUGACGACGGUAUCAUCAUCAUCAGGUUAUUUUUGAAUUCAUGGAAGUGCCCACCGAGAAUAAAGCCAAUUCCUAGCUUCCCAGGACUGCCCGGUUCAAGGACAUUACAUUCAGUGUUUGUCAGCAGUUAUAUGGCUCAGCUGAACUGCCUGUCUGGCAGCGUGUCUAACAAUGGCAGUGCAAAUACAUCUUUUGAGUUGAAAUGCAUUUGUGCUGUUUUUUUUUUUUUUUUUUUUUUUUUUAAAACACAACUUCCCUUUGUUCAUUCAUUCCCUAGAAACGGAAACUUUCAACCUUAAAAUAUAACCCCCCAGACACUCAUCUCUCGCCCCCCCUCCCCCCCGCUGCUCUCUAUCCCCUGGGUCACUAAAGAGAAACCAGACGCUCAGGUUUUAACAAAAGUGCUUGAAGCAAGUGCUGUGAAGCGAGGGCGUGGAGAGAAACUUCCUUUUCUGGGAGGGGCAGGGGACAAUCCCAUACCCGUUUAGUUUUCAAAAAUUAAGUGGCACUGGGGGAGCUGAAAAGGUUCACUCUACGCCAAAUCUAUGCACGGAGCUGAAUAGAACGAUAAGCCGGAAUGGUCUGACUUUGGCAUAAAGAUCUGUGCAGAGGAAGUUUUUAGAUAAGGCCCCCCACCCCACCGCCAUACACAAAACACUUAACGUGCUUACGCCGAUGCAAAUGAGGUGUCGAGAGACACAGUUUGUGGGGGAGGGGGCCCAUGAGCAGAAGUUUCCCUCCAACCCUCUUUACAAUGCACUAGGGAAACCAUCACAAAUCUCGUUUAGCAAAAUAAUGCAUUAUUACCAAACACUUUGAUUAUUACUUAAAUUGUCAAGCUGUGCUGUCAAAUGUAUACAUUACAGCGUUAAAGGAGAACAAGACUGGUGCCUGCGGUAGAAACGGCCCCUUUUCCCAUCCCUGUCCCCAAACCUGCCCUUCCACUCCCCCAAAAUGCCCAGCCCACGGAUGCACUGCUGGAAUUGUUUUCCACUCUGUUAUUAUUAUUACUAUCAUUAUUUUUAAAGAAGAUACAAGGGGAGGAGUAAAAAUAAUCCCAAAAAAUUUACUAAGAGCAAAUAAAAUUAAAUUAAAAAGUACAAUGCAGCUGAGAGAAGAAAUGCUGAAGCCCUUAGAGAGAUCACAUUGAUUGUCUUGUCAGAGUUUAGUCUUUACCACGUCAAGUGAAGAGGUAAUGCAUGACAGCAUGAAAACAAGGCAAACCAAAGGCCAACUUUUUCCUCUUAAUUACAAAAAAAAAAAAAAAAAAAAAAAAAAAGCUUAAUCCCACUAUACUAAAAAAAAAAGCACACCCCAAACACUAUGCUAAAAUAUUCCCUUGCCCUUGUUUGAAAUGAUUUUGAAAUCCUCCCCGUGAUAUUUAAUUAAAAUUAAAGCAAGAUGGCAUUAAAAUUAUCUCAGUGCCUGCACGUAUGGGCAUCUUGCCCUCUGAUGCACAUACGCACAAGAGGGUGAAACCCUAGCCUUGGAGUCAAUGGGCACUUUCCCAUUUACUUUGACAGGGCAAGGAUUUGACUCAAAAGUACUGAGCUGUUAAAGGAAUUCUGCCCCUACCCCAGAAUUCUCCCAUGUCCUAAAUGUGCCAGGCCUCUGUCACUCACCCCAGGAAUUCUGUCACUGUUCCUUCAAACCCCCAGGAAAAGGACAAAGAUAAGGGAAGCCAGGGCUUCCAGACCUGCACAGAUUUGUCAGUGUAGUGCUCUUGUAUGCUUCUGAAUGCUCAGGCCUGCUGUCGCACAGCAGGAGAAGGACAUUUGCCCUUGAAGGGAAAGAAAAAAAAAAAAAAAAAAGACAA